UUUGCCAUCCUCUCUAUGCCUUGGAGACUGCAAAUGCAAAUUUGGUAGCUUCUCUGAAAACCCAAAAAAUAUUUGCUAUAUUCUUCAUACUCACAACACCACACCACCCCACUACCUCAAAAAUCCAAAUAAACCACAUGCUCUCUUUCUCAUUUCCCUAUAUCUACUACUACCUCUCUUUUCAUCAUCACAAUUCACAACUCCUUCAACCCUUUAUUCUCUUUCCACUAGUUUUUCUCUCUAACACAUAAAAACCAAACCUUUUUUCAAACCUCAUACAAAAAAUGAUAACUCUAAUAGAUUUCUACCAUGUCAUGACAGCAAUGGUGCCACUUUAUGUUGCUAUGAUCUUAGCUUAUGGAUCAGUGAAAUGGUGGAAGAUAUUCUCACCUGAUCAAUGUUCAGGAAUCAACCGUUUUGUAGCACUUUUCGCUGUUCCACUUCUCUCAUUCCAUUUCAUAGCCUCAAACAAUCCUUACAAAAUGAACCUAAGAUUCUUAGCUGCAGACACACUUCAAAAAAUCAUGAUCCUAACCCUUCUCUUCAUUUGGAGCAAUUUCUCCAAAAGGGGUUCUCUAGAAUGGACAAUAACACUCUUUUCACUCUCAACUUUGCCAAACACUUUGGUCAUGGGAAUCCCUUUACUCAAAGGAAUGUACGGCGAUUUCUCAGGUAGUUUAAUGGUGCAAAUCGUUGUUCUUCAAUGUAUUAUCUGGUAUACUAUGAUGCUUUUCAUGUUUGAGUUUAGAGGAGCAAGGUUGUUGAUUUCUGAACAGUUUCCCGACACUGCUGGUUCCAUUGUUUCCAUCCAUGUUGAUUCUGAUGUCAUGUCAUUAGACGGUAGAACACCAUUGGAAACCGAUGCUGAAAUCAAACAAGAUGGUAAACUUCAUGUUACUGUUAGAAAAUCAAACGCUUCAAGAUCAGAUAUUUACUCAAGAAGAUCACAGGGUCUUUCUUCCAACACUCCUAGGCCUUCUAAUCUUACUAACGCCGAGAUUUACUCGUUGCAAUCUUCGCGAAAUCCUACGCCAAGAGGGUCUAGUUUUAAUCAUACUGAUUUUUAUUCUAUGAUGGGUGGUGGAAGAAACUCUAACUUUAAUGCUUCUGAUGUUAAUAACUACGGUUUAUCGGCCUCGCGAGGUGUUACUCCGAGGCCGUCUAAUUACGAAGAAGAUGCUUCGAAUGCAAAGAAGUUGAAACAUUAUCCGGCUCCGAAUCCGGGAAUGUUUUCUCCUACAAAUAAAAAUCUUGGUUCUAAUGUCAAUGUUAAGAGAAGUAAUGGUCAGAACCAGAAUCAGAAUCAGAAUCAACAGAAACAAGAUGAUCUUCAUAUGUUUGUUUGGAGUUCAAGUGCUUCACCUGUUUCUGAUGUGUUUGGUGGACAUGAAUUUGGUUCUCAUGAUCAGAAAGAAGUUAAAUUGAAUGUGUCUCCAGGAAAAGUGGAGGGUCAUAGAGAAACUCAAGAGGAUUAUUUGGAGAAAGAUGAAUUCAGCUUUGGAAAUAGAGGAAUGGAAAGGGAAAUGAAUAAUCAACAACAUGAAGGUGAAAAAAUUGGAGAUGGAAAAUCAAAAGUUAUGCCACCAGCUAGUGUUAUGACAAGGCUUAUAUUGAUUAUGGUUUGGAGAAAACUUAUCAGAAACCCAAACACUUAUUCAAGCUUAAUCGGUCUAGUUUGGUCUCUAGUUUCAUUCAGAUGGAAUAUUGAAAUGCCUGCUAUAAUAGCAAAAUCUAUAUCUAUAUUGUCGGACGCAGGACUUGGCAUGGCCAUGUUCAGUCUCGGUUUAUUCAUGGCAUUGCAACCAAAAAUCAUAGCAUGUGGAAAUUCCAUAGCAGCUUUUGCAAUGGCUGUGAGAUUCCUUACAGGUCCAGCUGUGAUGGCAGCUGCUUCAUUUGCUGUUGGACUCAAAGGUGUUCUUUUUCAUGUUGCAAUUGUGCAGGCAGCUCUUCCCCAAGGAAUUGUCCCAUUUGUCUUUGCUAAAGAAUAUAAUGUACAUCCUGAUAUUCUAAGCACAGGUGUCAUUUUUGGAAUGUUGAUUGCAUUGCCCAUUACUCUUGUGUACUACAUUUUAAUGGGACUAUGAAUUUAUGAAGAAAUCAAGAAAUGAAAUGAUGGAUAUGAUUUCAAAAGAUUCACGUGUGGUGAUGGCAUAUUCCAUGUAAACAAACACUUGGUUGAGCCUUGUUUGUUGAGCAUCACAUACACAACAAAAAGGGGAAAAAAGGAAUGGAAUUGGAGGAAGAAUCCAAGAAUUUAUUUUACUUUUCUUAUCUUUGUAUUUGUUUACUUUUUUUUAAUGAAUUGGCCUUUCUUAGUAAAAAUGUAUAAUCUUGAGUUUAGCUAGCUAAUUUACAAAAUUAUUAUCAUGUUAAA